GCUCCGAGCUGUCCGUGUUAUAGCCUUGCUCAAAUUGUAGCGACCUCAGUUCCAAACACUUAUAAACUCGAAUAUAGAGCGCUCACAGAACUUAUGUACCCGGCUAUCAACUCCUACAAUCCACAUUGUCCAACUUUUUAUUCUGGGCACAAUUCAGAGAUUCCACCACGCAGCAUUGGAGUUUACAUCAAGCCCUUUCCCUAAAGCCCCCCCCGCUACCCACCUGGUAUCCUCGCAUCCCCGUCAUCAUCCUGCAGGGUACACUAACCAGCCAAACAGAGCAUCACAGCAUGGCUGCAUGCAUUCCCCAGCAAAAGAAGGCUUCGCCCAUCAUCGAAUGGAACCCUACAGAUAUCUUCCGUCCUCCAUCCAGUAACGCACCUCCCGACUACGCCCUUCUCAUCCUCAACCAGCCCAUCCACAAUCAUGUCGGCAUGAUCAAGAGACUAUGGAAUAAUGCCAUCUUUCAUAUAGCCGCCGACGGUGCCGCCAACUGCCUCCACGAUGUGGCCGGCAUUCAUUCCGACCCCUCCUUUGACGACCUCGACGUUAUCAUCGGUGACCUGGAUUCCAUCAGCCAAGUGGCGCGCACCUACUACGAGACCCCUCCAAGGCGCACCAACGUGAUACACUACCGCGAUGACUACUCGACCGAUUUCGCCAAAGCAGUUGAGCACACCCGCGCGAAAUAUCGUCCCUCUCCCAAGGGGAAGGACAUCGUCGUCGUUGGCAGCCUCGGGGGCAGAGUCGACCACGGCAUAUCCCAGCUUCACCACUUAUAUCUGUUUCAGCGGGAUCCCGACUAUAACGAAGGCAAGAUGUACUUCUUCAGCGGCGAGUCUUUGACCUUCAUGCUCAAAGCAGGCAGAAAGCACGUCAUCCGGGUGAGGGACGGUCCGGCAGGGGAGAAGGACGUGUUCGCAAAGUGGAUAGGCAUUCUGCCUAUGAAAGAGCCGAGCUACAUCACGACCAAGGGCCUGGAAUGGGACGUGACGGACUGGCCGACGGAAUUUGGGGGGCAGAUGAGCACCAGCAACCACAUCCUGCCCGAGACCCAAGUCAUCGAGGUAGAAGCAACUAAGGAUGUGCUAUUUACUAUGUCGCUGAGGGAAAUCUAGUGGGACGCUUUCGCUGUGAUGAUCAGAGGGGCGGAGCUCACAAAACAAAAACUUCG